GAGACCCAGAGGAGGCAGACCCCACUUUGCCCAGGAGCGAAAGCGACCGCAAGUUCAGCCCACCAAGCUGGCCACCGGCCGACAACUUUCUGGCUUCUCGCAGCUCCCUCCCUGGUGGAGGGGAAUUUAUUUUGCAGAUUUCAAGCAUCAACCUUGCAAGUCAUUCCCUCUCCACCCCUUAACCCCGGGCAGAGGCCUGAGGAUGAUGUAGUGGAGGAAAAAGGGAAGAGAGAGAGAGACCCUCAAACUUCAGUCAAGCGCCUGGAAUCCACCCUAGCUUGGCACAAGAUCCACCACCGGAGAUCAAUUGAAACCUUUUAAACUCCCACGGAUGCUGCGGAUGGUUGGGUAAAUCAAAACACUCAUUUUGCUGGAGCCAUCUGUUUUUUCUGCUCCAGGAACCCAAACAGAAGAGAUCUGUGGCCUCCGGAGCUCCCCGCAGUUCGCUUUCUGCCCCAGAAGCCAGCUCGCAUUACGAAAACUUCACAAGCCGCAUAAACCGACAGGGAAACUGGCCCUUCUCUUUCACAUCUUGUGCGUUGGAGUUAAAGAAGGACCUGCUUAUAUUUCUUGACCCCACUCUCCCCUCUUCCAGGGGAUCUCCUGGGCCAUCAUGGGUUUCGCAGAAUUCCUGGACCAAAUCGGCGGCAUGGGGCGCUUUCAAAUCAUCCACACCUUCCUCCUGACCGUCCCCAUCGUGCUGAUGGCCAGCCACAACCUUCUCCAGAACUUCACGGCCGCCAUCCCGGACCACCACUGCCAGGUCCACCUCCCGGCCAACGGCACGGGGUACCUCGAUGUCAUCGGACCCACGGAGCUCCUCCGAAUCGGGAUCCCCGUCAACAGCAGGCAACAGCCCGAGAAAUGCCGCCGCUUCGUGGACCCCCAGUGGUCGCUCCUCAACCCCAACUUCACGGCCGCCAACCGGACCAAGACGGACACCGAGCCCUGCGCCAACGGAUGGGUGUACGAUCGGACCGUGUACACGUCCACCAUCAUCACGGAGUGGGAUCUGGUGUGCGAUCGGCGGAAGCUCCGGGAGAUGGCUCAGUCUGUCUACAUGGCCGGCGUGCUGGCUGGGGCCCUGAUCCUCGGCGGGCUGGCUGACAAGUUUGGCCGCAAGGCGCUCACGAUUUGGUCCUUCCUCCAGAUGGCCGUGAUGGGGACGUGCGCGGCCUUUUCGCCCAAUUUCCUCUCUUACUGCAUCUUCCGGUUCCUGAGCGGGAUGGCUCUCUCAGGAUUCGGCCUGAGCAUCGCUUGCUUGCUCGUUGAAUGGAUUCCCACGGAGUUUCGCACAAUUACCAUCGCCACCACCGGCUUUGUGUACACGCUGGGACAGAUCCUACUCGCGGGCGUGGCCUAUGCCAUCCCUGACUGGCGCUGGAUGCAGUUCGCCGUUUCCGCGCCCUUCUUUUUAUUUCUCCUUUAUUCCUGGUGGUUUGCGGAAUCGGCGCGUUGGCUGAUCCUUUCGGGGAAAUCCAGCAAAGCAGUGGGCAUCCUUCAAAGAGUUGCGCGGAUCAACAAAAAACACGAAGCUGGAGCAAAGAUCACAACAGAGGUUCUGCUGUCCAACAUGGAGAAGGAGCUCUCCACCACGAAAGCUUCUUACACCAUCUCCGACUUGGUGCGCACCCCGGCCAUCCGCCGUAUUUUCUGAUGCCUCUCUGUGGUGUGGUUCUCCGUGAGCUUCUCCUAUUACGGUCUGGCCAUGGACCUCCAGAAUUUCGGGGUCAGCAUCUACCUCAUCCAGGUGAUUUUCGGGGCGAUUGACAUCCCAGCCAAAGUGGUCGUGACCAUCACCAUGAGCUACCUCGGCCGGAGGGUCAGCCUGGCAUCCUUCCUCAUCGUCGCUGGCCUCAUCAUCAUCAUCAACAUAUUCGUGCCCACAGAGCUGCAGACGGUCCGCACGGCGCUGGCCGUCAUCGGAAAGGGGUGCCUCUCGGCGGCCUUCAAUUGCACUUUCCUGUUCACGACCGAACUGUAUCCCACGCCCGUCAGGCAGACUGGGCUAGGUUUUGGGAGCACCAUGGCCCGGGUGGGAGGCAUCGUGGCCCCUCUGGCGAAGAUGAUGGAAGAUUAUUACGCUCCUCUGCCGCCGAUUGUGUAUGGAUCGGCUCCAAUCAUCUCCGGCCUCAUUGCCUGCUUCCUGCCCGAGACCCUCAACGUCCCUCUGCCGGAUACCAUAGAGGAUGUGGAGAACAGGUGA